AUGUCGAGACUGGCCAUCGUAACAGGUGGCGCAUCUGGGAUCGGACGAGCCAUCAGUUCGGUUGCUGCCUCACAUGGUGCGAAAGUUGUCAUUGCCGAUAUUAAUACAGGGAUGGGCCAGGCCACCGCAAAAGAGUUGCGGGAAAUAGGUGCCAAUGCUUUGUUCAUAAAAACAGAUGUCACCAAAUCUGCAGAGAUUUUAGAGAUGGUAGAAAGGGCCCAAGCUUGGGGGUCUAUAGGUUACCUUGCAAAUUCGGCAGGCUUGCAAACUUACGGUACCGCGGAAUCCACCUCAGUGGAAUUGUGGGAUCGAACAAUGGAUGUCAACCUCAAAGUGUUUCUAGUCAGCAAACUCGUCAUCCCUUACAUACGCGAAAGUGGUGGUGGCGGCAUCGUGAACAUCAGCUCGAUUCAAGGUCUCAGAUGUCAGAAAAAUGUGCUUGCCUAUGCCGCCUCCAAAGGGGCUGUUAUUGCAUUAUCCAGAUCAAGUUUAGAUCAUGCGGCCGAAGGUAUUUCAGUCAAUUGCAUUUGUCCAGGAUCGGUUGAUACGCCUUUAUUGCGUUUUGGAGCGGCCCAACACGGCCCAGUAGAUGAGGUAUUGAAACAAUGGGGUAGUCAUCACCCAAUCGGUCGAAUUGCCUCGGCCGAGGAGAUCGCUAAAGUGGCCCUGUUUUUAUGGAGUCCUGAUUCUAAUUUUAUGGUGGGGCAAGCAGUUGUGGCCGAUGGAGGUCUGGGUAGCAUUAUACUGUGA